GCUGGUACACGCCUACGCCGAAUAAACCCCGUCCACUGUAAUCCUCACUGUACACAACGGAAAUCCUCUGCGGGUAUUUUCUUUUUUUCCUCGCCAUAAGUUUGUCUCAAAUAAAGCAAAGAAAUGGACAACAGCGGGAAAGAGAAGGAAGCGAUUCAGCUAAUGGCCGACGCGGACAAAAGAGUCAAGUCCUCCGGCUCUUUUCUGGGAGGGAUGUUUGGAGGAGGACCUCAAAAAGUGGAAGAAGCAUGCGAGAUGUACUGCAGAGCGGCCAACAUGUUCAAGAUGGCCAAGAACUGGAGCGCUGCUGGAAGUGCGUUCUGCAAGGCCGCUCGUCUCCACAUGCAGCUGCAGAACAAACAUGACUGCGCCACCAGCUUCAUCGAUGCGGGAAAUGCUUUCAAGAAGUCUGACCCCAAUGAGGCAAUCAAGUGUUUAAAUGCGGCCAUCGAUAUAUACACAGACAUGGGAAGAUUCACCAUCGCAGCCAAACACCACAUCAACAUUGCAGAGAUCUACGAGUCCGAACUGGUGGAUAUCGAGAAGGCUAUUGCACAUUAUGAACAAGCAGCAGACUACUACAAAGGGGAGGAAUCCAACAGCUCUGCCAACAAGUGUCUGCUGAAGGUGGGGGGUUAUUGUGCUCAGCUGGAGCAGUACCAGAGGGCCAUUGAGAUCUACGAGCAGGUCGGAUCCAACACGAUGGACAACCCGCUGCUCAAAUACAGCGCCAAAGAGUAUUUCUUCAAAGCCUCCCUGUGUCAUUUCAUCGUGGACGAGCUCAACGCUAAGAUUGCCGUCGAAAAAUACGAGGAGAUGUUCCCGGCGUUCUCCGACUCUCGAGAAUGCAAACUGUUGAAGAAACUUCUUGAUGCUCAUGAGGAACAGAACUGCGACGCGUUCACAGAGGCAGUGAAGGAGUUCGACGCGAUCUCCCGUCUGGACCAGUGGCACACGGCCCUCCUGCUGCGCAUCAAGAAGACCAUCCAGGGCGACGAAGGGGAUUUGAAAUGAAAGAAGAAACCCCCACAACACAACACAGCAUGGAGGGACAAACACAUCACGCAUGCUUUCACACACACACACACACACACACACUUCCACUCAGCUCACUGUGUAUAACAUCUGGAGAUGAGUGUCUGUUGAUGACUUUGAUGAAUAUUCCACUGCUCUACCGUCAGGAGUCCCGUCUUUGCUUUUUCCUUCCUAACAUAUCUGAACCGGGUCAGAAUGUAGAUCCUCUCGUCUAGAGGAUUGCUGCGUACCUCCUUCUGCUGAAGUCCGUCCUGGGGGACUUCAGAGCGGUACAUUGUAUUGAAACCGAUGCUAGUAUUGACAACGAGCACUGCGCGUUUUGUACAAUUAUCGUUUCCUGGUCGAGAUGCAGUUUUUUUUUAAUCAUUUUAUUCUCUCUCUAUAUAUAUUUAAACAGAUUAUUUAAAUGUUUCAGUUUGUUCUACGUUGAGAAUCGUCGUGGUGCGUAUGCGUUUCCAGAAUGUACCUUUGUAUUCGUUUUAGUUAUUUGUCGGGAGUAUAAAAGGGAAGGGCUCAAACUCCAUGUCCCGAUUGUUCAUAAAACUAAGUCAUUGCAGCCACGAGGGAAAAAAAAAAAUUCUGAUUCCAUUUGUAUCACCAACCAAUGGGAGAGACUCUUCUUGAAGAAGGGCGAUGAUAUGCACCAAGUGUAGACUGUUAAACAUUUGUAUCGAACCACAUCCAUGGAGCCCUCACACACACACACACACACACAAACUUACACACUCUAUUACCUUUAAGAUUUGUUGAUGUAAUAAUACUUUGAAAGUAUGUUUGAAUGAAAAAGCACUGACACGGAAACCUGUACUCGUUGUUUCCAGGCCAGUCUUUGUGGGGGUGGGGGUGGGGGGGGUAACGGGCAUCACUAGUCACUCAUCCAGUAUUGUGAACGCAUCGUUGAGGGUUUACGACCGCAGUGCGAGGCCGAGCAUGUCAUUGUGGGUAGAUUAGCGUGGUCACAUUCACUCGCGUGAGCCAGACCAACGUUUUUACUCGAGGGUGCCGUGGGUAUGAUCUGUAUGCCUGGUGCAAAUGGACGAUAAUAAAGAUAUUAAAUUCCCGG